AUGACGCCACGUGGCAAUUCAGGGCAGCAAUUGGUGGGAGGAAGCAGGGGGGAAAUCAAGGAGGAGUGGGGUCAAGAAGACAGAGAAGCAGGGCGUGUGAGGGAGGAUGGGGGCAUGGGGCAAAGGCGAGGAGUGGCUGGGGCCAAUGGGAUGGAGGAUGGGGAAGAGAGAGGGGACAGUGGGGUUGAUAAAGGGCAGGAGAAGGGCAAAGAGCAGGGAGGGAGAGAGGGGCAGGGAGAGGGGCCUAUACAUGGGGAGGGAGGAGGAGAUGGAGGGAAGGAUAGGGCAGCACUGGAGCAGGGAAAGGGGGAAAGUGACGGGGUGAUGGGGACGUUGGAAGCACAGAUGACGGCGUUGCAGCGGCAGCAGGCAGAGGUGCAAGCGUGGGAGGAGGAGGUGAUAAAGAGAAUAGCGGCAGUUGAGAAGCGGGAGUGGGAUGUUGCGAGGAAGGAGAAAGAGAUUGAUGCAAAGUGGAAGGAGAUGAAGGAGCGGAAGGAGGAGGAGGGGGUGAAGGAGUGGGAAAAGGAGGGGGAAGAGGAGGGGGAAGAGGAGGGGGAUGGAGUGGGAGAGUUAGUGAGAGUGAGUUCGAGAGGAGAGGAAAUGGCUGGUUUAGGGGGAGCUAGUAACGCAAAGGGCACGGAAGUGAUUAUAAAGGAUGUGACAGCAGACAAAUUGCAGACAAACAGCAGUGCUACUGUUGAAAUUAUGAAGGGCGUGACUUUAGUGAAAGCGGGGAAAGGAAGGUCAGGAGCAGGAGCAGCAGCAAGAGCAGGAGGAGGGGGGGGAGGGAUAGGGUCUGGUGGAGGUGGUGGUGGCAGGGGCAUGCGGCAUGACGUGAUGGAGGCACUUCAGAUGCUGAAGCUGGGUGUGAGAUCGUUGCAAGAGAACAUUGAGACGGUGCUGCACACUGAAAGCAGCCUCCACCCUCACGCCUUCAACGCGAGUGCAGCAUUCCUGCACCUCCCUCCCGGCUCCAUUGAAACUGCCACACCAGCAGCAGGAGCAGCAUCAUCAUCACCACCACCACCACUAACACCAGCAGCAGCAGCAGCAGCAGCAGCAGCAGCAGCAGCAGCAGCAGCAGCAGAUGAGCCAGCAGGAUCACAGGCAGCAGCUGCAGCCCCCAAGGCUUCAGAAUUUCCGAAGCAGUAUGUGCGGGAAGCAGUGGCAGGGCCGCUGGUGAUAGCGGGCAUGGUGUAUAACCGCGUGUUUGAUGGGGACUACACUCGCUUCUGGGCGCUGCAUGUGUGGCAGGUGAGUGUGGCACAUGAGUAUGGCACGUGGGGGGUGUGGCACGUGGGGGGUAUGGCACGUGGGGGGUGUGGCACAUGGUGGUUGGAGUACCAUCGAUACGCAGGAGUGACUCGGUUCUACUGGUACGAUGAGGCAAGGAGCACAGAAGAGGACCAGGGUGUGACGACGCUGUGCUGGGGCCCCUAUUUUGAUGCAGGGCUCGUGGUGGUGUACCACCGCGUGCACCACCUUCACAGGGCUCGUGGUGGUGUACCACCGCGUGCACCACCUUCACAGGGCUCGUGGUGGUGUACCACCGCGUGCACCACCUUCACAGGGCUCUUCUGUCCGUUCCAUUUCCUCUCUUCCCCCUCUAUUGUCACAGGACGUGGUGCUGCCCCCUAUAUUGAUGCCAGCCUGGUGGUAUACCACCGCGUGGGGGAGCUGUUGAGGCUCAAUCUCCCUCCCCCCUCCUCUCUCUCACAGGGCGUGGUGCUCUCCCCUUACAUUGACCCCGGCCUGGUGGUAUACCACCGCGACGUGGUGCUCGCCCCGUACAUUGAUGCCGGCCUGGUGGUAUGCCACCGCGUUCACACAUGUUGUCUUGUCCACCUCCUUCCCAUACCCUCCUCUACCCCCGCACCACCACCACCACCACCACCAUCACAGGACGUGGUGCUCGCCCCGUACAUUGAUGCCGGCCUGGUGGUAUACCACCGCGUGCGCGAGAUGCCAUUCGUGGGCGGAAAUUUCACGGAUUACCUGGAGAGAAUGUUCCGGUGCAAGCAGGGUGCUGCUUACAACCACUGGGUGCAGCACUAUGCAUCGGAGGUGCACUGGGGUUUUCACACCGAUAUCGACGAGUAUUUCUUUUCCCCGGCCGGCACGCCGCCCGGCUUUCUUCGUCACUACCUGCAGACACUGCCAAAAACAACAAUACAGGUCCUGAUUCAGAACGUCUUUUUCCUUGGGGAUCCGAUCGGUCCCGACACGGAUACCCUACUAGAGCGCUACACCCUCCGCAUGCCCAACUCCUCCCAGCGGCACCGCACUAAACCCAUUGCAUGGCUGCCCCUCGCCGUUCACCUUAUGGACGACUGUAUCAACCCCCACGAGUGGGCUGUCAUGGAGAAUGGCCCGCCGAAAUUGGUUGAUAUGGAAAAGAUGAGGCUGAAUCACUACUGGGGGGACCGCGCUGGGGUGAUUUCGGACACUACCCCGGUUUACACGAUGGAUGUUACGAUGAUGGAUGAGUAUGGGGAUGGGCUCGUCAAGGAUGAUUCGGCCAAGGCCAUGGGAGUGUGGCUGCAGCAGCGCAUGCAGGUGGCAUGGGCGGUCAUUUCAGCCCAGGCGGUUCACAAGGAGAGGAAGCGGCUCAGGAAACGUGUGGCUGAGGUGAAGACACGUGUCAGGCAGCUAGUGGCUCUCGUGCCCUGGUUGUUGAAGGGGAGAGGAGGCGAGGGAGUGAGGAGAGGACGAGGAGGAGAGGGAGGUGGAAGAGGAGGGGGGAUGAAGGGAGGAGAGGAAGGAGAGGGAGGGAAGGAGAGGGAGGAAGCAAGAAAGAUGGAGGGUGGGGUGAGCAUGGAGGUGGGUGGGUUGACAGAGGAUGAGGCGUUGGGAGAGGGUGGUGGUGAUGAUGAUGGUGGUGGUGGUGGUGACAUGAUGCUGGGAGGGAAUCUAAUGCUGGGCGGCUAA